CAUGCAGGAGGAAAUUAGGAUAUUGUGGAUCUGGGCAUGAGCGAGGAACGUAAGAGGGAUUUUUAAGCUAGUUUUCAUCAAGAGUUGAAAAGACCGAGGGUUUAAUUUAGCUCUCAGAGAGGGAAUACGGGAUGGUGGUUAUAGCAACAGGGUCAGGAGGCGGCCACAAAGUGCUGCUGAUAUCUGGGAAGCAGGCUGCCUCGUCCGCCGGCACCCAGGGAGGGUUCAGCCGGUCUAUUUCAAUGGUAUUGCCGUCGUCUGGGACACAGGCUUCCUCGGACUCCGACUCCAAUGGGUCUGGACAGCCUCAGCGCAAAAGACAGCGGCUCACGCACUUGAGUCCCGAAGAAAAAGCACUUAGGAGGAAAUUAAAAAACCGGGUCGCCGCCCAGACGGCCAGAGACAGAAAAAAAGCCAAAAUGGGUGAACUGGAACAGCAGGUUUUGGAGCUGGAAUUGGAGAAUCAGAAACUUCACAUUGAGAACAGACUGUUACGUGAAAAGACACACGGAUUGGUGACUGAAAAUGAGGAACUGCGCCAAAGGCUGGGGUUGGAUACUCUGGAAAUUAAAGAGAAGGUUCAGGUGUUGCAGUCCAGUGUGGGUGAGGUCGGUUUGGUGAUCGGGUCUUCUGAGCGCAGUACUCAGGCUACGUGUGCCUCUGCAGCAGGUGCAGGCCCAGCAGUCAUCAAAUCGGAGGAUGCCCACAUGGCUACUGACAGUCCUGACUCUACAGACUCUGAGUCUGAUCUCUUGCUUGGCAUUCUGGACAUCCUUGACCCUGAGCUGUUCCUCAAGAAUUGUGCCGAGUCGGAGUUCAGGGAGCUGCCGCAGCUGGGAGAAGAAGAGCCCGAUCCAGUACCUUCCCCCACCCCUGCACCUCUGGGGACCCCAUCAGUUAAGCUGGAAGCCCUUAAUGAACUGAUUCACUUUGACCACAUCUACACCAAGCCUUUGGCAGAGGUGACCAACGUGGAGCAGAAUGAAGAAAGCAUCCCUGAAGUGAAGAUUGAAGAACCUGCCCUGGCUGCGGAAGAGAUCGUGGAGGUGGAGCCCGUGUCCGUUAAGGAGGAGCCGGAGGAGAUCGAGCUGAUCCCCGAGAUCAGGGUCAACGACUUCCUCACCUCUGUUUCCCCGACAUGCAGCCCCGAAAAAUCAUCGUGCGUGUUGGACGCGUACAGCGACUCUGGAUAUGAGCAGUCCCCGUCUCCCUUCAGCAACAUGUCAUCCCCGCUGUGUGCUGACAGCCCGUGGGAUGAUGUCUUUGCCAAUGAACUCUUUCCUCAGCUAAUCAGUGUUUGAGAUGUAAUAAAAUAUUGAUUUAAAUAGUCUUAUGCAAAGUCUAUUUUUAUAACCCAUAUUCCUGCCUAUAUUUGCUUCGUUACUACCGCCAUAUAAUUGGGGGUAAACUGUCCAUAGUAAGUCCUAGCCACAUCCAGGCUGGAAAUGCAACCCAAUCUAAUAGUUGGAAGUGGGUGGAAUGUAAGCAAAGACCUCUAUGGGUAAUGUAAUGGUUUUUGUACUCUUCCCUUCCCCCACCCUCUGUGUCUGCAAGGUAUUUUGGUAUCCACCGGUUCUGUAAUUCUAGUGUGUAUAAAUGCGUACAUGCCUUUCUCCUUCUAAUUUACUAUGUAAAUUUUUCAUGAUUAAGGGAUGCUUUCUUUAUUGAAUAUUUAAACUGCUGCAAAAUUAAAUUAGUGCAAUGAA